UGCGUCCAUGGUGUUUUGGUGCAAACGAUUUCAAUAACCUUUGUAGCUUGUGUUCCAAGUAUUGCUGUGAUAACAAUUUACGAAUCAAUAUGAUUCAGAAAACUGCUGUAAAAUGUAUGUGGCAAAACAGUGUUAAAUCUUUAAAAUGUAUCAGAGAAACACGUGCGUGCAGAUUUUAUUCAAGUUUCAUUGCUGGGAGUGGGAGGAAUAUGAAUCGUUGCUGUUUGACUGUUGUAAGACAUACUCCAAAUAGAUAUGAAUGUGGACAUAUUGCUUGGAGUGAGAGGUUUUAUAGUAGUGACAGUAAAACAUUAUAUGAACAGGAUUUGUUAGUAAAAUACUUAGAGGCACUUGAAGCAUCUGUGAAGAAUGUUGAGAAUGACUUUUCUGAUGAAAGACAAAAUUCCAAUGACAGGACAAAUGCUUUAUUGUCACUUUAUACUGAAUACAGGAAAAUUCAUAAAGAAAUCGAAGAGCUCAGAUCUUUAACAUUGGGGUUGAGUACAGACGAGACUGAGAUGCGAAAUUUAGCUGAGCAAGAGGAAACAGAAUGUCAAAACAGGGCAUCAGAUUUAAUGGAACAGAUAAUAGAACUUCUUCUUCCUCCAAGUCCCCUAUACAAUGAGAUCAUCAUGGAGAUACACUGUGCAGUAGGCGGCAAGGAAUCUAUGCUGUUUGCUCAUGAAGUUUAUUUCAUGUACAGGAAUUUGGCAUACAACAAUGGCUGGGAUUUUAAUGCAGCAGAUUUUAAUUCAGAGGAAAAAGAUUGCCUUCGAAGAGCAACCAUUCAUUUAUCAGGAGAAAACAUCUAUGAAGCCAUGAAAUAUGAGGGGGGUGUCCAUCGAGUACAGAGAGUUCCUAAGACAGAGUCCAGUGGAAGAAUUCACACCAGCACUAUAAAUGUCUCCAUUAUGCCUAAACCAGAGGAGGUGGACAUUGUCAUUGAUCCCCAGGAUAUUAAAAUGGAGACCUACAGAGCUGGUGGUGCUGGAGGGCAGCAUGUCAACAAAACAGACAGCGCAGUCAGACUGACCCACAUACCAACAGGAAUAAAAGCGGAGAGUCAGUCUGAAAGGUCACAGCAUCAGAAUAAAGUCAACUGUAUGAAAAUAUUACAAGAAAGACUUUACCAAGCAGAAUUUGACAAACAAUUAAUGGAAAGUCAAAGGUCUCGCAAAAUUCAAGUAGGAACGUCAUCCAGAUCAGAGAAAAUUCGGACUUACAAUUUCCCACAGGAUAGAGUGACUGAUCAUAGAAUUCAUUUCAGUACAAACCAAAUCAGAGAAUUUAUGAAUGGCGGUGAACCCCUACAAAAUAUGAUGAAUGAACUCCAUGUUAGAUCCAGAUAUGAAAUUUUAAAUGAAAUACUGCUGUUGUUCCAAAAGGAUGGAAAAAUAAGUCAUAUACAAAACUGACUUUUGUAGAAUUCUAUUUAUUCAGAAAAUAAAUAAUUUGAACAUU